AUGCCACCUUCGCGGCUCUCCCGUCUCCCUCGAUGGAUCAGCCAUUGGCUGGGGUACCGCCCAGAGGUUCCCAAGCCAUUACCUCAAUAUCAAAUAGCUGCGUGGUCUUUUGUGACGGCAUUCUGCGGACUCUUGGUAAUCCAAGGAAUUUUUAAUUAUUCAGAAUAUUUUAUCUCGCGGCAAGUUCCUGGAAUCAUUGCAUCAUUUGGAGCGUCUGCAGUCCUUGUAUUUGGAGCUAUCGAAAGCCCUCUUGCUCAACCUCGCGCAUUAAUCUUUGGUCAUUUCUUAAGCGCUUUGAUAGGCGUUUGCAUCACAAAGCUAUUUAGCCUGAUGCCAGACCAGGCACGCUUCGAGUCACUUCGAUGGCUGGCUGCAUCAUUAUCAACUGCAGUGGCCAUAGUGGUCAUGCAACUUACUGGAACCACUCAUCCUCCGGCCGGUGCAACCGCUUUGCUUCCUGCCACCAAUGAUGAGGUCUGGGAACUCUCUUGGUAUUAUUUGCCAGUAGUUCUACUAUCUUCGACCUUGCUUCUAUGCUGUGCUUUGUUGAUGAAUAAUAUCCACCGCCGAUACCCUGCUUUUUGGAUUGCGCCAUCCCCACCACCGAAACCAGUACAAGAGCCGUCACCCGAGCCGAUAAAUCCAUCAUGUGUUGAAUCAUCUUCUCUGCAGAAGGAAGUAUCUGUUUGA